ACUGUCUUUCGGUUCGGUCGUGUUUAUGUAAGCAUCCGCGUGAAAGCCGUAUGCAAGAUCCGUGCAUGUUGCGCGUCCUCUGUGUUUUAUGUUCUUAGUGCAUGUGUAAUACCUUGUACCAGUGUUUGUGUCAUCCAGUGUUCAAAAUGUUGUGAUCGAGCGCAGACAAACAGACGUGUCACUGACAUCUUCGUUUCGAUCGGAGAAUUUCUACGGUAAAAUUGGAGUGGCAUUCGCUCCCGUCAGAUAAAAUGGGUUAAUUUUCACGUGAAUGUCCAGAUGUAAUGUGUGGUUGUUAGAUCUCGGGAAUGUCAACAGAGAUUGUGUCUUGAAAGUCACUUAGAACAAAAAUUUUGUGUUGUGUAAAAACACCGUUCACUGAUCUGUGUAUGUAGUGAAUGAAUGGGGAUGAAAAGUAAGAGAAAGGAGCGCGCCUGAAGAAAAGCUGUGUGAAGUUUUUUGGUGGGUGAACAAGAGCUGAAAGGCAAGUAAUGUGUAAGAAUUUGCCAACCCGUUUUCCACAAUGGGAAAAUCAAAAUUUCCCGGCAAACCGUCGCGUUUGGUGAACAAAAAACGCGUCUCUGUACUGUCCAGUGCUGGGUUAAAUACGCUCGCAAGCGGUGGCAGCAGCGAUGAGGAUAAUAACCAGCAGCAGCAGCAGCACCAUCAAGAAAAUUCGACGUCGACGGAAAAGUUGAACCAGGACCAGUCACUAAUACAGCAACAGCAUUCACAACAGCAGCAGCAAAAGCAGAAUCAGCAGCCGCCACCGAAGGUAUCAACAAUAUCAGACAAUGAAGAAAUCGACCAAGAUGGCGAUGAUGAUGUUAGUAAGCAUGCUUCCAAUUACUCGGAAAACGGUGAAGAUGACGAUGAUGACGAGGAUGAUGAGGACGACGAUGACGACGAGGAAGAAGACGAUGAUGACGAUGAUGAUGAUGACGACGUUGACGAGGAGGAUGACAAUGAUGAUGACAAUGAUGUUGAUGGAAGGGAUGACGAUGCUGAUGAUGGCGACGAAUACAACAAAGAAAACGGGAGCGGUUCACAGAAGAAUGCCAGAUUACAAACCGAGCGUAAGGAUGACGAAUGCGUUUUGUAUGGUGCCGACAGCAAAAUGUCUAGCGGUAACGGAAAGUGUGUAUCGCAAACACCAGUCGGAAAUAGCUUCGAAAUGAAGCCAUCCUUGCUGUCUGCUGUGAGUUCGUCGCUAAGUAAAUCAUUGACAACCUCGAAGGAUUCAUCAUCUCAGUCUAUUCCCAACGGUGGUUCAACGAAGGCUAGUUCUUCCGCAGAACGUUCGAAUCAGACAGUGAUGGAAAUGAAUUCCUCCGCUGUCGAAGCACCACCAAAACCGAAAAAGAAGUCGGUGACGUUUCACAGCACACUGGAAACAAGUGACGAAAAUAUGGUGAAGAAAGUUUACAAUCCAGCCACUGUACCUUUGAUCCCCAUUAUAAAGAAGGAGUGCCUAGCACGGCCUAUUCGACUUAAGAAGAGCUUCAAUCGUAAGAUGAAGAAACGUCUCCAGCGGUUGGCAAUGCAAGCAGCAGCUGCCUCCACCAAAUCAGAAUGCAUCGUACGACCUUCCCGGUUGACGGAGAUUGUGCAGAAAUCCAACAAGCUGGAUGAAUCAGCUCCAUCCGAGCCACAGUCAUCCAACUUCUCGGUUGGAACGAAUAGUUUGACGUCAGAGGCGGCACAAUCCAGCGCUUCCGAUGGACCUUUCGGUGCGAGCGAAUCUUCGGAGGCGCGUAAUCUCGAAAGUGGUGGAACCCAGUUUGGUGAUAAACGGUUUAUCCUACCAAAACGAAGUGCUCAUUCUAGUCGUGUGAUAAAGCCCAACAAACGAUUCCUGGACGAGUUCGAGCUCGAAAUCAAAAAGAAAAACAAAAAUCUUGCUGCUGCGGCGGUGACGAUGGCCGCUUCCUCUGGCGCCGGUGUUUGCGCAAGUGCUGGUGGCGGCAAGGUUGCUAAUAGUGGUGAUACAAAUGGUGAAAAAAGUAACUUCUUCGGAGAUAAAUUGUUUAAAAAUGAAGUGAACCAGAAGAAUGAAAACGCCACUCCCGAGGCAAAGAGUGCCGAUGAGGAAUGCAUUGACAAAGCAGUGGAUGGAAAAAAGAAACGAGAGAAGACAAAGAAGGAAGGUGAGGAGCAGAACAAGAAUGCGGGGAAGCUGAAUGGAAAAGAUGUGCCGUCAGAAGCCACCGAUACCGAAUCAGCGCGUCCUCCAAGCAGCAUCAACAAUCCAUUCGCGAAAACCAACAUUGCAGACAACAACGGCAGCAAUGGUAUGCUGCAGCUCGUAAAACCAUCUACACUCUCAUCAGCGGCGUCUAAUCUUUCGUCGAACGCAGCAUCUGCCACUACACUAGCGAGUGUCUCGUCCAUUUUUGGCAAGAGCAUACUCCGGCAGCCGAGGCUACAGUUCACAACAUCACUUAUGAACUCAAAUCCACUAGCCGCUGGGGGAGCAUGCAACAGCAACACUACUGGAAACAACACCAUCAACAGCUCCACUGCCUCGGGAUCUUCCGGUUCUGAUGGGCCAUUCUCUCUUCAUCGGAAACCAUGCACGCAGUUGAAUUCUUCGAAAAUCUUCACCAACGCCUUAUCGGCGAGUCUCGGAUCAUCCAGUACCGCUGUACCGGCAGUGACAACUGCUGCAAACCCGUCCACAACUACCAGUUCCAAUUGCAGUAUUUGCGAAAUCGCAUCCAACACACGGUAUUACCAGCAAACCACUAAGAAGUACAGCGUCAGCUGUUGUGAUGUUUGCCGAAAGUUCAUCUCAAAAAUGAUUAAAAAGUUGGCCAGCUCAUCUAGUCCCAAUAGCCACAUCACAAUGAAAUGCAAGAAUGAGGGUAAAUGCUCAGUCGGUCCACCAACGAUGGUACGACCAGAUCACAUUAAAACCCGACAUAUUUUCAAGGAAAGGUGCCAUGCUUGCUGGUUGCGGAAGUGUCUUGCAAGCUUCCAAUUGCCUCCGGUUCUGAAGAUUCGUCUCACUCAAACCCUACCGCCAAGUCUCAGACAGAUCGAAGGACCCAUCGUGCCAUCGAAUAGUGCUGCCGUGAAGAAGGAAUCGGUUGAAAAUAACAUCUUUUCCAAUUCACUGAGCAGUAGCCAAACUGCGUCCACUUCUAGAAUCCUUUGGAAUACCGAGAAAGGCGAGUUUUCCAAAACUGGUUCGUUCCCUACGCUUUCGAAUCCUUUGGUUCAGAACAACAACACGUUCGGCAGUUUGCCCCAGCUCAAGUUGAACAUAACCGAUAAGGUUAUACACUCAUCUCCAAGUGCGCUUGCGAGUCCUCAAGGAGGGAACAAGAGUCCUCCGGUCAACAAUAAUGAACUGCCAGUCGCGAAAGAGAAACAGGACAAAGUCGAAUCAGAAAUGGCAACCGUCACGGACGUUGCAGAGACUAAAAGUGUUAGAAUUACUCGGAGUAAACCCGAGGUAUCUACAGCGUGUACUGUCACAGCUGCCAGCACUUCAACUGUAUCUACAACUGCCACAGCCACAGCACCAACAUCUGCACAGGUUACUGUCUCUACGACAUCUGCCGUUACUGCUACAACAACCCCGUCCAUAGCAGCGACUACAAAUGCACCGAAUGACAAACGACAACGUAUAGACCUUAAAGGUCCCCGCGUGAAACACGUUUGCCGAAGUGCUUCCAUCGUACUUGGACAACCGCUGGCAACCUUCCCCGACGAUGCUACGGCAUUGGAGAAUAUUGAAACACCUCCUAGCGAUAGUGUAGCCGAUGUUGCUGACGAUAUCGCUUCUACGAUGGAUACUCCAAUAGAUGUAGCAGCAGUAUCGAUACCUGAUGCCGCCAAACCAAGCGAAGAAUCUCAAUGUGCAAACUGCAAGGAACCAGACAGCCUAGUUUUGUCCCCGCCGGCAACACCUGCCGACUUGGAUACUAGUGGCUCGACGGAGAAGGAACUUGUGAUUGAUGAGGAUAAGCUAUCGGAAACUGAUAUAACCACUCCUACGAAAGAGGUAGAAAUGAAAGUUUCCAAAACAGAUCUGCCGUCACAGCAGAUGAAAAUCGAGCUGGAGGUGAAGGAAAAAGAAAGCAUCAGUCGAAAGGUUGAGGAAAUCGAACGACCAACCACCAGAAAAGCAGCAUCCUCUAUCCGGCCACAGGUUCUGAAGCAAAACAUUAACGCUAUAACAAAAAGUUUCAACACCAACAUUCGAACUGCUGGGCAGCUAGCGGCCUCAGAGAUUCCUAGCGUUCCGCUGAUUUCGAUCGACUUCUGGGAGAACUACGAUCCGGCAGAAGUCAGCAGAACCGGGUUCGGUUUGAUUCUCUCAGAAGACGUCCCGCUUAAGGCGCUGUGUUUUUUGUGCGGUAGCUCAGGCCUUGACGAAAUGCUUUUCUGCGUUUGCUGCUGCGAACCGUACCAUCAGUAUUGUGUUAAGGAUGAAUAUAAUAUUCGCCACGUUUCUCUGGAUGAUACCAACGUGAGUUUGCUGGAGCUAACAACCACUACGACCGUUGGAAAUUGUCCACAGCAGCAAGCUUUGAGUCGGUUCAAUUGGAUGUGUCCCCGCUGCACGGUGUGCUACACUUGUAACAUGGCUACCGGUAGUAAGGUUAAGUGUCAGAAGUGCGGGAAGAACUAUCACACCACAUGUCUGGGGACGAGCAAACGGCUGCUGGGCGCUGAUAGACCAUUAAUUUGUGCAGCCUGCCUCAAGUGCAAGAGCUGCUCCACAACGAAUGUGACCAAAUUCAUCGGCAAUCUGCCGAUGUGUACACCGUGCUUUCGGUUGCGACAGAAGGGCAAUUUUUGUCCGCUGUGCCAACGUUGCUAUGAGGACAAUGACUUCGAUUUGAAGAUGAUGGAGUGUGGUGACUGUAAGAGGUGGGUCCACGCCAAAUGCGAAGGCCUCACCGAUGAGCAAUACAACAUGCUGAGUGCGUUACCCGAGAACAUCGAAUUUAUCUGCAAGAAGUGUGGGAAGAGCAACGAGAAUGCCAACGUUUGGAGGGAUGCCGUCGCAGGGGAGUUCAAAGCGGGUCUGCUAAGUGUGGUUAAACUAUUGAGUAAAAGCCGACAGGCGUGUACGCUUCUGAAACUGAGCCCACGAAAAAAGACCAACAAUUGCACCUGCUCGAUUAGCUCUGGAAAGUGCAUCUCUUUCUUCGGCUUUAGCUCGACCAAGGAGGAAUCGGGGGCAGUUUCGAAGAAGGCGAAACUCGACGAAGAUUCUAUAUAUGACUUUAAUAGCGAGAACAGUAGCAGCAAUUCCAGUUUUCCGCCAACAACAAAGUGCUACUGUUCGCUGAGGCCUGCCAAAUCGACAGAUAUCAGCUUGGUGGACAUAAAACAGAAGAUAAAUGCAAACGAGUAUUACUCCCUGCAAGAUUUCAACUACGAUAUGCACACGUUGAUCAAUUCGAUAGGUUCGGAGGAUUUAUCGACUACCUAUAAAGAGUUCCUAAGUGAAACGUUUCCCUGGUUCCAAAAUGAAACAAAGGCAUGUACGGAUGCCCUCGAGGAAGCCAUGUGUGGGGAGGAGAUGGGCGUGUACAGCCACGUGACCGGUAUGGAACUUGAGCAGGAUCAAAAAGUACCGAGUAUUGAUAUUCCGCUGGACGAAAUAGAUAACUACUUUUACGAGUCUGUUGAAGCUAAGGACAGCCGUUCGUGUAUGCUGUGUAAGCAGCAGGGCGAGGGAUUACCUUUGCACGAGUCUCGACUAUUGUAUUGUGGCCAGAAUAACUGGGCACAUGCGAAUUGUGCACUGUGGUCUGCCGAGGUGUUUGAAGAAAUCGAUGGAUCUCUGCAGAAUGUUCAUUCCGCCGUUUCGAGGGGCCGUUUAAUAAAGUGCUGUCACUGUGGUGUAAAGGGGGCCACUGUUGGGUGCAACGUGAAGAACUGCGGAGAGCAUUAUCAUUUUCCGUGCGCUCGACAGGUGAACUGUAUUUUCAUGCAGGACAAAACCGUAUACUGUACACAACAUUCGGCAGAGGCUAGCAGAAAGAAGUGUCAGGUGGAGAAAAAUUUCGAAAUCAACCGAUCGGUGUAUGUGGAGCUGGAUCGGCGAAAAAAGAAGUUCGUCGAGCCGAGCAAAGUGCAGUUCAUAAUGGGAUCCUUGAGCGUUAAGAAGCUGGGCCACGUCGUACCUAUGUUCAGUGAUCACCCGGACGCGAUUGUACCGGCCGAUUUCGAAUGCACUCGACUCUACUGGAGUUCGAAGGAACCGUGGAAAAUUGUCGAGUACAAAAUCAAGACGACCAUUCAAAACAACAGCUACUGCUACGGUACGGAUCUUGGGAGGAACUUCACGGUAGAUCACACGUUGAACAGUAGCUUGGUUCAGUGGGGUCUCACACAGAUAACUAAGUGGCACAACAGUUUGAAUAGUGAUGAACAAGAAGCUGAACAACCGCUACCCAACAUUUCGGCGGGUGUGCAAAAAGAAAAGACAGUAAAGCAAUUGCUGGAGGCGGUUUGUGGACCGGGAGAUGACACUAACGAUGAAGAGCCACAGAACAAUAACGAUCUACUACCGCAGGAAAUCAAGGAUGCUAUUUUCGAAGAUAUUCCACACGAUAUUUUGGAUGGUAUCAGCAUGCUAGAUAUAUUACCAAAGCUCAUGACUUACGACGAUCUUAUUGCUAUGGAUUUGAAGAACGAGAACAACUUCAACGCAGAGAUUCUGAAGGAGGUUAACGUGGGCGGUGGCGGCGGCAGUAGUAGUAGUAAUAGUGGUAGCAGCAGUAGCAACAACAGCACCAACACUACUGGUGGAACCAAGGUGGAUGAGAUGGAUGUUGACGAAGAUGACAUUAACGAAGCCAUCAUGAAAUAUACCAGUGGGGAAUUGAGUAAUGAUGGCUGGAUGAAGAGCAAUGGUGGGAUGCCUGGUAUUGAAGAUGCGCUGCUGACUUCUAUGAAGCAACCGUCGUCCAGCCGGGAGCUAAAACGAAGCAAAUCUGAAUUUUUAUCACGAGCAGCAGUAGCGGGCGGACGUGUUGCUGGUCAACGGUCGGGAAGUUUUUCGUGGAACUCGAAGCUCGAGUCCACUGCCGCUGUUGUGGCUAAACGAAGGAAGAUAAGCAAAUUGGCCGACGUUUUUUCACUGAGCAGAAUCAAGGAUGACAAUCCAGGAACCAUGCUGGAACGUCGGAAGUCGUUACCAAACGAAGAGUUUAUCUGGAGUGCCACUAACAGGAAGGUAACCGGAGAGAGUUUGAAUGAUGGAGUGAGCGUAUUCGAAAAGCUGAAAAUUUCCCAGCUAGACGGAAUGGACGAUUUUUGCGGAGAAUCAGGAGAGAUAAAAAUCUAUUCGUCCAACAUGAUGGAAGCUCCUGUUAAAUGCGAUCGAUGUCAUGCUACAUACAGAAAUCAAGAGUCCUAUCAGAGGCAUUUAAGUUCUUGCGAAGUCCUUUCCACCAGCGAAAGUGAUUCUGAAACACGAUCACCGCGGCUGCUGAGUCCCGAGCAGCAGCAAGCCCAAGUGGCAAAUCAAAUUGGGGCCGGAGCAUUUAUCCUUCCCCAAACUUCAAACUCUCAAGCGAUGACCACCGACAUGUUUGGACAGCUAAGCCAGUCCCAGUCGCAGAAUCCAACUAUCUCGGUUAUUUCCGGUCUCAACAAUCAGACUAUAAAUCUGAACAACUUAAACAAUCAAACUAUACUUUCCAAUAUUCCGGUCUCGAUGCCGAUCACAAUCAACCAACUCUCGUCUGGAAUUCCAAUACAAACGUCUACUGGAACGCAUCAAAUCCCAAUACAGAGUACCCUUUCGAAUCUCGGUGGAAAUAUGAUCAUCUCAAAUCAAGGACAAAUAUUCACUCAACCUGUGAACUUCCAGCAGCAGCUCGACAAUCAGCAAGGAUAUGUUCAGAACAAACAGAGAUUCAUUCAACCUGCCACUACCACACAACUUCCGCACACAAUCUCUCUUGCGAAUAACAUUGUCAACACAGGUAACGCAAUCAACGUACUUCCCCAGCAGCAUCAGCAACAAAUCAUCUCUAUUGGAGCUAAUGGACAACCCCAGAUUGUCACUGUUACGGCUCCCCAACAGCAACAACAACAGCAGCAACAGCAGGCCUGUAUUAUGCAAAACCAUCACACCCAGAAGAAGCAGCUUAUAUUUCCCACGGCUUCGCCCAAGAAGCAAAUAAUAACAAAAGUGUCACAUUCACCAACGCCUAUCAAAGCAAAAAGGACCCCAACUGCGACCGCCACUUCUAACAAUAUAAAUAAAUCGAUUCAAAUGAAGAGGCAAGAGCCCAUUACCAUUCAGCAAGCUGCAACACCCCAGCCACAUCACACUAUCCAAACGGUAACUCAACAACCAGUGUCCGCACAGCAGCAGCAAAUCCAGCUUAUCAAUACAUCCUCCUACCCACUGAUUAGACAGGCCAACACAACAGCCCCUCAUCAAUCAACGACUGCAUCAGCGAAUUCCAUCAUUUUCCAGCAGCCCAACCAACCGAUCAUCGUCCAACAAGUCGGAGGCAAUCAAAUAUCCUACGUAACGGAUCAAAAUCAAGUGCAAUACUUGGCACCAACAAACGUACUUGCCCAGAAUGGGUUCACGAUGACUACAGCGGGCGAUGGGACGUUAGCAACAGCGACUAACAAUAUUCUUAUCCCCAAUGGCACUGGAGGGUACUCGAUGAUUCCUGCCAGUGCUCUACAGCUGGCGGCCCCACAGCCUCAAGUAAUCGGCACAAUUAUCCAGCCCCAGGCCACCACCAUACAGUGUGGAAUGAUGUCCACAGAGCAGAUGGUGCUGGGAGCAGCGGCGACGCCCACUCUGGAGAUGGUAACCGAUCCGACUUCUGGCUGCAUGUAUUUGACCAGUCCUUCUGUUUACUACGGACUAGAGACGAUUGUUCAGAAUACGGUCAUGUCUUCGCAGCAGUUCGUUUCGACAGCCAUGCAAGGUGUGCUUAGUCAAAACUCAAGCUUUUCCGCUACCACAACCCAAGUGUUUCAGGCGAGUAAAAUCGAACCUAUCGUUGAGGUACCAACCGGUUAUGUUGUGCUGAAUAACGACGGCACCACCACCCAACAAGGGCUCACACAAAUGCAACUGCAGACUCCCACCGGCAUAAUGCAGCAGGCUCAGAUCCAACCAACACCCUCGGCGACACCACAGCCCCAGCAAGUACAGGUCAGUCAACCGUCAAAUGUACAAACCUGGAAACUUGAACCACAAUCAACGUUCAUUCAACAACAACAACCACAAAAUACGCCGCAAACCACAGUCAUGAAUCCAAUCAAAUCGGUCCCAGCUGUCAAGACCAUCGUAUCAAAGGCUCAACCACAGCUCGUGAACAAGGUGAUGCCAAACACAUCGAUAAAGACUGUCCUGGAUCCUGUGAAUUCGUCUAUUCGACUUCAGUCGGUUGGAUCUACAACAGUUUAUACAACCGCAACUGCUAUGACCACAACGAGCAAAGUAUCGAACAUCAUCAAACCAAUCACGAAACCUACCACAAAUCAAAACAAACCAAAAAUUGUAGCAAAACCAGUGAAACACAAGCAAUCACUAUUGUCACCACCACAUUCUUCCCCACAAACGCAUCAACUGCAACAGCAGAUUGGCCAUGUCAGUUUGCCGGUUGGUGUCACAUCCCAGCCUCAGUUGGUUCCGAUCAAACCAAGUAUUAUCAACGAGAAAUCGAUACACGUUGAAAAGGUUCCUCAAUCGGUGACCAUAGCCACCAAUAAAAUCAACUCCAACCCGUUGAAAAGCGCCAUGGAUUUCAUCCCAUCUGGUCAACCGUUGAAAGGAACCUCUCUUCUAAAGAAACCGGAUGUAAAGCAAAUAUCGCGCAACCCGGCGAACAUACCAUUUCCAGGGAAUCAAUCACAGAUACUGCCACAACAGUCGCUCCUGAUCAAUUCUGCCUCGACGGGCAACUUCAACGUUCACAAUAUCCAACAGCAGCCACCAGUACAAUCAUCCCAAUCACAAAAAUCGCUUCUCUCUUUAAUUGAUAACAAGAAAAAAUCAUCCCAAAUAACGAUGUCGCUCGCAACUAGCAGCUGCUCGUCGACUCCCGCCAUACCCGGUUCGCUCUCGAUGAGUAACUCUUCGAUAACGAUCACUCCGACCCAGACGGCGAGCAUUACACUACCGACGGCUCCGUAUCCGAUGCCCCUCUACUCCAACAUACCAACCAAUGUUGUCAAUCCGAUCCAACAAUCCACCAACAGUAUUAACAACAGCAGCUCAAUACCACCCACAACCACCACCAGUUCCGGGACUGUUCUAAACCGCCCUACCAACCGGGUCCUCCCGAUGCAAGCCACAACAAUCUUGCCUAAAUCUCCGGAUGUUCCUCAAACACCACCACCCCUCAAGCUUCUGAACGGCGGCGGCAUGUCGGAUAUUAAGAUAGAUGAGCUGUCAAUCAUACCCAAUCACAACACCUUCAGUCCGGAACCACCACCGAUUCACGCUGCGAUUAAUCCUUCUAUAGGAUUAAAGGUUGGCUCCGAUAAACCACUUAAGGAAAACUGUCUCGAAAUCGAAAUCAAAUCCGUCGAAUACAGUCCAAACGUCCCGUCGUCACAAAGUCCUCCGCCCGCCGAGACUCAUCAUCAAUUCAAUAUGAUCGGAUCUCAUCCGAACAUUCAGAUGAACCUAAACCUCGAUCACCAAGAUUCGACGAUUCCGGUCAGUAGCGCUUCUUCCAUGAUGUACCCGGUAAAUAUAUCCCUUCCGCCGACCGUCGCCGAGAUCCGAAUAAACCCAGUAGAACCACCGAGAAUCUCUAUGGAAAUGUCAAAGUGUUCUCUACUGCAGGAGACCGAACAAAUGAUUGUCGAAAGCAUGCAGGAUGACCGGUUGGAUGCAACCAGUGUGGAUUCGCACAGUCUGAAUGACGAAUCGGAAUCACCGGAUAUAAAAAACAAAAUAUCCGAGAUUUUGGACAACCUCGAACAGCAGACGAACGAGGAAGAUGAAUUCAGUGAGUGCAAAGACUCGGACAAUUCGGACCUCUUCCUUACAAUCGAAGAGGAACCAGCCAUGGAAAUCUCCAGUCCGAUCAAAAGCCACGAAGAGCAGAAACUUGUGGAAGAGCUAAACCAGGAACUGGAAGCAAGUGCGAAUGCAUCACCAGCUGGAUCGAUACACGCUCCAGAGUUGACAAUUUCGGUUGAGUCGAUUUUUGCGCCUGAGCCGAAAAAGGACGACGAUUCGGGUUAUGAUGCCGCAGAACAAAAGGAUGGACUAGAGCUUAUUUCCAACGUGACAAGCCCUACCCCUAGCACAAGCAGUCAUUUGUUGACAGCAAGCGAGACACAGACCGAGAUUCCUGUCGUGGCCAAAUUUAUGAAUCCACUAUCGACGAGCAAACCGCCGCAAAUCAGUAGCCCGAAGCUGCUGUACGAAAUUCAAUCCCAGGAUGGUUUUGUUUACAAAUCAACAUCGAUUGUUGAAAUAUGUGACAAACUGUUCGAAGCGGUUCAAAUCGCCCGUAAAGCUCAUGGUCUGCAGCCGCUUCCGGAGGGACAACUAGAAGAGAUGGCAGGCAUUCAAAUGCUGGGGCUGAAAACUAACGCCAUCCGAUAUCUGCUGGAACAGCUGCCAGGCGUUGACAAGUGUUCCCAGUACAAGCCACAAUAUCACAAAAAAUUGCCGUCUGAUAGCGCUGUAUCGGUUGGAAAUGGCAUUUCCUCCAUUUACGCCGACUAUUUCGACGACAUAAAAGAGAAUCCGUACGAGGCAGCAAGAUGCGAACCGUACAGUUCACGGUCGGAGUACGAUAUGUUCAGUUGGCUCGCAUCGCGUCACCGAAAACAGCCGAUGCCUGUCGUUUCACAGAGCCUUGAUGACGCCGUGAUUCCUAGACGAGGUAGUGGCAGUAAUCUCCCAAUGGCGAUGCGUUAUCGAACAUUGAAGGAAACGUCCAAGGAAUCUGUGGGUGUUUAUCGGUCACACAUUCACGGUCGUGGUUUGUUCUGCAAUCGCGACAUCGAAGCCGGUGAAAUGGUCAUUGAGUACGCCGGUGAAUUGAUUCGAUCUACGCUGACGGACAAACGCGAACGGUAUUACGACGGUCGCGGCAUUGGAUGUUAUAUGUUCAAAAUCGACGAAAAUUUUGUUGUGGACGCAACAAUGCGUGGUAAUGCAGCUCGAUUCAUCAACCACUCGUGCGAGCCCAACUGUUACUCGAAAGUCGUUGACAUCCUCGGCCACAAGCAUAUCAUCAUUUUUGCACUCCGGCGCAUCGUCCAAGGGGAGGAGCUAACGUACGACUACAAAUUUCCAUUCGAGGAUGUUAAAAUUCCCUGCUCAUGCGGAUCGAAAAAGUGUCGAAAAUAUCUAAACUAACUAAUCGUAUAUCUACCGCGCUCUCUAGCGAGAUUGGAACAGUGAAGAGUGUUUGUGUGUAGCAAACUACGCUUGUAAUUUUAAUCACAUGAAAAAAAAAAUAAUGGUGCUGCUGCUGUAUAGAAAACCGAGAAUGAAUGAAACCGUGAUAUUUGGGAUGCAUCACAAAAAAUAGUCACACAGCUCUGAAUAGGUAUAAUAAUGAAAAACGAUAUAUUCUGCUGUAAGAUGUUGAAUAACCAAAACAAAAUUAAUGAUUGAGAUUUUUUCUCUCAACACUAAAACGUUUGCAUAUACUUUGCAGUAGGAAUGGUUAAUCAUCCAACUUGUAUUAUAUAUAAUGUAAGCAAGUAACAAAAAUUGUAAUUAAUUGUGCAAAAAAGUUUCAUUGUAGUUCUAUAAACUCUCUCAAGUGAUAAAUAUUUCGAUGUGUAAAUAGUGUGCUUUUAUGUAUUAAAAACGAAUAUAUUCUGAUAAACGUGCUAUCCAUAGCAGAUACAGUUUUUCAAGUAGCAAAACUUCUCAAAUGUACAUUUUAAUCCAAGCUCUCGAUAAACUGUCUGUAAGUAGAAAGUAUGCAUUGUGCGAAGCAAGAAUAUCUGUUACAAAAACAGUCUAACCGAACUAAGAAUUCUUUAUGUAGACAAUUUUACAACGUACAGACAAACACAUCUACUCGAGUUUUAACUCUCUAGGGGUUUUAAUCGCUGUAACUUUGAUAAAUAACGAGAAAUUACAUGUACAAAACUUAAAUUUUACCGUUUUAGAACUAGAUCACUAUUUCUUCCUGCUUUUGAACGAGAAAAUCAUUUUUAGCGAUGUCAGCAGACGCUAGGCUUUUGGGUGCAAAUAUCUCGCUUACAUUUCCAAUACUACGAACUUCUUAUAUUCUGCACUUAUUUUAUGUGCGAUAUUCGUUCGCAAUGGCCCUUUCUAUUAUGACGCGCACACCUAACAAGCGUUUCGGACAUUCUGCAUCGUAGAUUUUAUCGUUGCAUUACUGUUUGAAAGUUGUAGUGUAGCUAUUGAUUUCAAGCACGAAGUCACUUGUACUAUCAGUGAUCAAACAAGUGAAAAUAAACAAUUGUUGUAAACUAGCACUCACUGGUCUUUGGCAGCAGGUUGUUAAUUGAUACUUGUAUUAAUCGGACAAGAUUUUUUUACGCUUCCAUUGAUUUUUAGUUUAAGAUCCACAUAACACACAACGCUAUUAUUUAUAUAAGAUUACCUUAAAACUUGAAUCGAACUUCAAAGUCAAAGGAAUUGCUACAAGUUAAUUCCUAAGUUAUUUUUACAUAUUUUUUCAGUGCUGAUCAAUCAGUAAGUGUUAUCUUGCCAUUUUCUCUUAAUUGUUUUAAUUUAAACCUUUUUUUUUUGUUUCUGGGUCGGUGCCUAAGAAUACUAAAACAUUUAAUGUUUGUAAUAAGUCACGGCAUGCGAAACAUGAAAAAUGUUAAUUUGCAUCUAGGUUUAGUUACUAUUUAUACGAAAAAGCUAUAUGUGCUAUAUAGAGAAGCAGUCAUUCAUUGUCCUUUACGGUUACGUAGAUAUUGUAGAGCUCCUAUUACUUAGAAUUGCAAAUAAAAAUCAAAAGUAAACAUAGAUUGUGUUUUAAGUACCGAGCUUGCUAGUGCGAGAGGUUUUAGGGAUGAAGUUGCUACAGGCGGUGAAGCGAAAACAAAUGUGAUACUAACGAGGAAGUAAUUUGAAACCUAACUUAAUAACGAUAGUACAUUUAAAUGAAGAAAAAAAGAAAUGCGAAAGAGAAAAUGAUAUUACACUACAAACGCAACCUAUAAUUACAGCCACACAGAAAAUGGAAAAGAGCAGAGCAUAGAAAUACACACACAAAAUACUUUUACAUCAAAUACCGUAAUAAUGUAAGUCUUCGCAGUCUUAUAUUCGUAAUAUGUAAACUUGUUCAAUUUUGGGUAUUUCUCUCACAACAACCCUAGCGCAUCCAGACAACAGUGGAGUGAUCGAUUAAGCAGAACCUAAAUCGUGUACAUUUUAACUUCACUGAGCUACUACUACUUAGGAAUGAAUUUGCAGUUUAUUAAGUUUAGUUCACUCUCAUUGGAAGUAUUAUGUUGAACAAUCCUAGCGAUGGAAUGGAAAUAAAUCGUAUUUAAAGAA